AUGCCAAUCACAAUAUUACAACCGGCGGCAGCCCCGGUUCACGGCCCUAGAGACUCUAGUUAUGAUUCCGACUCGGAUUCCGAUGGCGGCGCAGAUUUGCAGGGCGACAUCUCCAUGCGCCCAGCCAAACGAGCUCGAAGGAUAGGCGACGACUCGAUCGUGACCCCCGGCGAAAUCAUCACAGAAGAUCCGCAGUGGAUGCGCGGCCACGGCACAUAUACCACGACCGACCCCCCCGCCAUAAAAUCCUCCGUCGCCGGCACCCUCUCCAAAACCAACAAACUGCUCUCCGUGCGCCCUCUGCGCGCGCGCUACACACCAGAAAUCGGCGACCUGGUCGUCGGCCGCAUCGUCGAAGUGCAAGCGAAGCGGUGGCGCGUCGACGUCGGCGCCUCUCUGCUCGCGCAGCUGCCCCUCAGCGCCGUGAACCUGCCCGGCGGGAUCCAGCGGCGCCGCACCGAGACCGACGAGCUGCAGAUCCGCACCUUCUUCUCGGAGGGCGAUCUGCUCGUCGCCGAGGUGCAGCAGCUGUACGGCGACGGCGGCGCCGUGCUGCACACGCGCAGCCUGCGCUUCGGCAAGCUGCGCAACGGCGUCUUCGUCGCCGUUAGUGGGACUGGCGGCGGCGGCGGCGUCGUCCGCGCGAAAAGACAGACCUUCAUCCUGGACGUGAGCCGCGCGGCGGGCGGCGGCGGUGACGGCGACCGCGUCGACGUCGUCUUGGGCGUGAACGGGUACAUCUGGAUCAGCAAACACGUCGACGGCGAGGGGGCCGCGGCCGAGAGCACGGGGCCGGGUAUCACGCGCAUCGAGGAGAGCAUCGGCCUGAACGUGUACUCGAGCCAGAACGACGCGAUACCCGCGCCCACGAUGCGCGAGAUCGCGCGGGUGAGGGGCGUGGUGAAUGCGCUGGUCGAGCACGGCUUGCGUGUCGAUGAAGAGAUGGUAGUUGCGGGGUAUCAUGAAGCCGUCGAGAUGGCAAGGGCGGAUGGCGACGGUGAGGAGACAUUAUAUCUUGGGGGCGAGAGGGGCAAGAGACUGGCUGAUACGCUUACGGGUCGGUAG